AUGACCAAGCAUUUCCCCACUCUUGGGAACAAAGUCGCGAAUCAUCUUGCUCGUCACUUCUCCGACCCUCGGAAUGCGGAUACGACACGGUCGAAGAUCCCAGCAACACAUGAGGUGCAGCUCAUUCCAAUAGCAGCGGCUUCGGCUGCUGAUACUGUUCCUGCACUUAUCGCCAAGGUUGAUUGUAUACCACAGCUGCCACAUGCGGCCACGACAAUGAAUGAAUCGCUCAUAGCUGAUGUUCUGUGGAAGUGA